AUGGAACGAAUAUUUGACGAGUUCGUGUGUGCCAUUGGAUUCCAAGAGUCAAGCCUUGACCCGUGUCUCUACAUAAAAAUUGUGGAAGGGCAAUGCGUGCUGCUGCUGGUGUAUGUGGAUGACGUGUUGAUCACCGGUAGCUCAUGCGAGCUAAUUGCACACACCAAGACCGACCUGAAGCCGCGAUUCGAGAUUACUGACAGCGGCAAGUGUGCAUUUGUGCUUGAAAUUGAGCUUUUGGACGGCACAGAUGGAAGCGUGACACUAUGUCAGCGUCGGUAUAUAGAUGACACACUCAAGCGUUUUGGCAUGGAUGAUUGCAAGGCCGUCGCAAUUUUAGUCGACAUGAGCUCUCGACUUGUUUCAAGUGAUGCAGCCACCAAGGUCGAUGCUCCUUUUCGCGAAGCUGUUGGCGCGUUGAUGCACCUGACCACUGCAACGCGCCCGGAUACUGCGUUCGCCGUGGGCUAUGUGUUGCGAUUCAUGAAGAACCCCCAAGAAGAACACUGGGUUGUAGUCAAGCGCAUCUUCCGCUACCUACAAGGCACUAAGAUGCACGGAAUCUGCUACAAGCCAAAGGCGAAGAUCGAAUUUCGUGGCUACUCGGAUGCAGACUGGGCCGGUGACCUCGCUGAUCGCAAGUCGACUUCUGGUUACGUAUUCAUGCUGUUGGGUGCGCUAGUGAGCUGCGGCAGCAAGAACAACCAAGUGUUUCGCUGUCAACGAGUGAAGCCGAAUACAUCGCACUCAGCUUGGCGAUUCAAGAGGGCAAGUGGAUUCAUCGUCUGCUUUGUGAGAACAUGA